CCCAUCAGCAAUGAUAUGGUAAUUAUGUAGCUGUAGAACUUACAAAGUCCAGUGCAGAAUAGGAUUCCUGGGCUCUGUUAGCAGUUUGUGCAGCUCUGCUUGCUUUCUCUUCAUGCCAUGGAGGAUUGUGAUGACGGUACUGAUAUCAUUCUGUGCCAUACAUUAUUACCAAAAGAGCAGAUGCCACCCAUACCAGAUGCUACUGCUGUGAUGGGAUCUUCAGAAGAUUUACUAAAGGGACAUAACUCCAUCAUUGCCCACUUUGAUAUCCGCAAGACUCCAGAGAAUAGAUGCCCAGGCUGGUACCUGGCUCUGAUGGCUCCUAAUGAAAAAGGGUCUAACUAUGCCUGGCUUGAUCCAUCCAGGCUGUAUUGCAAUCAGCAGGCCUUGCAAGACUGCAUUGAAAAUCUGCUGCUACCCUUCACUGAUGACCAGAUUGACCUUGUUGCUGGAAUCGAUGCCAUGGGUUUUAUCCUUGGUGCUGCAAUUGCUACCCAUCUCGGAAAAGGAUUUUUGGCCAUGAGAAAAGCAGGUCACUUGUGUGUGAAGACACGUAGCAAGGACUAUGCUGACUACUCUGGAAAGGAAAAGGUUAUGGAGGUCCGAACUGAUGUUAUUAAAACAGGUCUGCGGAUAUUGCUGGUGGAUCAGUGGAUUGAAACUGGUGGAACCAUGAAGGCUGCUAUUAAACUGGUGGAAGAACAAGGCGGGAUUGUUGCAGGUGUGGCUACAAUCUGCAUUGAGGACAGCGAGGGUGGUAAGUGGGUGAAAAAACACUACAAGUGCUCAGAUUGUGUUCCGGAAUAUUUGAGGAGUCACUUCAACAACCAUGUUCUGGAGAAUGUCCAGCUCUAUUACAAUCAAAACAAUGAAUGAACUGUCGGCAUUCUGUCAACAGCAAGUGAUCCAAAAGCUUUUGGUGCAAUCCAGCUUAAAUACUCCUUCCACAAGCACAUUAAUGCAAUAAUAGUACAAUACAUUUGGUAAGAAUUUAACAAUUAAUUUUAUUAUGGCCCAUCACCAAGAUUUGCCUGAACUGCAAGUAGGGUUUAACAAUGGAAAAGGGAAAAAUCCUCUAGCUGUAUAAUAUAUAUAAAUACAAAUAACAUGUAUGUGCUGCAGAUUUUGAAAUAAAGAUUUUAAAGGGGGAGUUCACCCUAAAAAUGAACUUAAAGUUUGAUGUAGACAGCAGUAUUCUAAUACAAUGUACGUUUAGUCUUUAUAUUUUAUGUUUUACAUAUAGGGGAGUAUUUACUCUAAUUUAUCUAAUUUUGUUUAUUAAAAAAAUCUGACCUAACUCCCAUCCACGUAUUUAAGGCAUUUAUCAAAUAAUCAGCUUGAAAAAGUCUCGACAAAAUCGAACGAUAAUUCGAAUGGUAUGACUUUUUUGGAUUUGACGCCGUAUCGAUUGUGUUUUUUUUUUGAGUUGUCACCUGAAACCCCCCGACUUUUUUGGAUUAUUUUUACGAAAACCAGUGUAGAUCAUAAUAUCUGCCAUUGACUUCUACGUGACCUAGAAAGGUUUUAGCUGGAGGAUUUUCGGAAUCAGAUUUUUAGCAGCUUUGGGGGUAUAAUAAGUCUCUAAAAAUUGGAGAAAACAGCGAGAUGUAAUAAAAAGGCCCCAUAAUGUUCUGCAAUGCUCAGUCUUGGAAUUGUACUUGUUUAUGAGGGUUGAUAGAAUUUAAAUAUCCAAGCAAACAAAGCAGCAGUGUGUUAGAAUGGAAGAUGACAAGGAGAGGGAAAGAAAGAAAGAAAGAAUAACAAUAAAACAUAACUCUCAUAGUUUAUAUGUUUUUUUUCAGUUGCAGGUUGGGACUAGGAAUGUCAAGUUGCUUUGAAUAAUCUAUAACAUACUAAAAGUAUAGGGGUAGGAGAGUGACUGCAGAGAUAAAUAUGAGGUGAAGCAGAUGCAGAGUUUAUUAGGCAGCAUGUAAGGGUAUCAAAGGGUUAAUGCUCCGUUGUCACCAUGGAAAUCACUCUUUCCUCCGUUGAUUAUAAAAAACGUAGAAUAUUUAUUGGAACACUUUAGUAACAUCCAUCCAACUUUUGUACAAUCCAGAGCACAUUCACAAUGUCAGUCACUCCCUUUCUUGCAGAGCAGUUACUUCUUCAAUAGUGAACCCCUCACACAGAGUCACAGGAACAUCCCUUUCCAGGGUCACUCGCCUCCCGGUCCAAGCAGCCCGACGUAUACGCUACGUCCCCCUGCCCCACUCCGGGUAGGAAUUCCCUUUUCACCUUCUGGUCCUACCAGUCCGGCAUACAUCCUAUGCCCCUCUGGCCUACUCCAGAUAGGAAUUUCUGUGCCCCUCCUUCAGGAUGUACUUGUCUCUUAACACUGCUGCCCUCACUGUCAAAGCCUUGGCUCCUGAGCCACUAUCUCCUUGUUGGGGUCUUGGCUACACAUUCUAGUGAUCAUCUAACUAUCUAAAGUACCUAGUACUUACACUUGUAGCCCUAGCACUAUCUAUUUCCAGCUGUGUCCAUCAACCAACCAACCAUGGGUGUGGUUCCCCUUUAUACCUUUCCCAAUUAAUCAUCACCCUGACAUUUACUUUGCAUGUGCUGCUCUUACUCCUGUACAUGUGCCUUUCCCCUGCUAACCUCAUGAAACCUCCUUGAUUCACUUGUUUGACACCAUCUUGUGGUGAUUUUUGCACAUUACAGCUUUAAACAACCAUUUAACAUUCUCAAUCAUUUUAACAUUUUACAUCAUUCAAACAUUCACUUAACACGUGCAAUGUACACAUUCAGCACACAAACCCAAUCCCAAGCAGGGUUGACAGUGAUGCUUAGAUAAAGGAUAGGUCAUAGGAUGAGGCAGAUUAGGGUGUUAUUGUAUAAAUAGGUUAGAGAUAGAUUUAUAGUAGGUUUAUAGUAAAAGGAAGGGAAGAAGCAGAGCAAAUAUGGGACAGAAGGUAGAACAGGUGACUAACAAAGUAAAACAUUUAUUUGGACAUGGAGAGAGGGAGAGGUUUGGGCUAGUGGGUUAUAUUAACAUAUAGCAGAGGAUGUGGGGAACGGGAAAUCUACAGAGAAAGAAGGGUUCAACCCCUCAAACGUAAUAGAACUGCAGGCGAUUCAGGUUUUAAUUUAAUUUUAAUAUUGGGAAAAGUGAUGAUAAGACACAUUUAUACAAAACCCUGUUAUUCAGAAAGUACCCCACAUGGAAAUUACUCUAGCAACCAUGCACUGAUUUUAAUAAGAGACUGGAAUAUGAAUAGGAGAGGCCUGAAUAGAAAGAUGAGUUAUAAAAAGUAGCAAUAACCAUAAAUGUGUAGCCUUACAGAGCAUUUGCUUUUCAGAUGGGGCCAGUGACCCCCUUUGAAAGCUGGAAAGUGCCAGAAGAAGAAGGCAAAUAAUUCAAAAAUUAUAAAAAAUAAAUAAUUAAGAACAAUUGAAAAAUAGAAUUGUCCAUUCUAUAACAUAUGUAAAGUUAACUUAAAGGUGAACCACCCCUUUAUGGUUUUGAAUGCAAAAAUGUGAACUUUAUUUAUAAACUGCCUGUGAAUAAUGCUUCUUAUUGUACCUACAAAUGCUUGUGUUUUAAUGCCACUUAUCUAUUGAUCUGGUGCAUUUAUUGACACUCCUGCAAAAAACAUUGUAAAAAUAAAAACAUUUUAUAAAAUUUCA